AUGUCUGCUGAAGCAACUGGACCGAACAAGGCUGUGCAUGUCAUCUCCCGGCCCGAGGGUAUGGUGAGUGUUGAUAACUUUGCUGUGGUGGAGGUCGACGAGCCGACGGCACCGACGGCAGAGGCACCUGUUCAGCUCAAGCUGGAGCAUGUCUCGGUCGAUCCGUACAUGCGUGGUCGCAUGCGCGAUGCCAAGUCGUACAUUCCGCCGUUUGCUCUCGGCGAGCCGGGUGCUGGUGGCGUCGUCGCUCGCGUCGUUGCUGUUGCCGACGAUGGCGAGACGGCCGGCCUUGCCGCAGGUGAUCUGGUCGUCGGCAUGCUCCCGUGGGUCCUCCGCCAGAACGCCCGUCCCGACGGCCUGACAAAGGUUGAUGAGGCCGUCCUCGGCGGCGCGUCCAGCUCGCUCCUCCUCGGCGUCCUCGGCCUCACGGGCCUCACUGCUCUGCUGCCCAUCGAGAAGUUCUCGCAGCCCGAGGCUGGCAAGGUCGCCUUUGUCUCGGGCGCUGCCGGCGCUGUCGGCUCGGUCGCCGGUGCCGUGCUCAAGGCCAAGGGCUGCACCGUCUACGGCUCCGCCGGCUCGGACGAGAAGUGUGCUAUCGCCCAGGCCGACUGCGGCUUUGACGCCGUCUUCAACUACAAGACCGUCGGCUCGCCCGGCGAGGGCCUUGACUCGGUCCUCGACGGCAAGGCCAUCGACAUCUACUACGACAACGUCGGCGGCGAGAUGCUCGACGCGGUCCUGGCUCGCAUGGCGCCGAACGGCGUCAUCAUCUGCUGCGGUGCCAUUUCUCAGUACAACAAGAAGCCCGAGGAGCUGUACGGCCUCAAGAACUACUUCAACAUCAUCGGCCGCUCGCUCAGCGUCCACGGCUUUAUCGUCACCAACUGGGCCAACGAGUUCCCCGCCGCCAUCGGCCGCCUUGCUGGCAUGCUCCAGGCCGGCCAAAUCCCGGUCAAGGAGACCGUCCGCGAGGGCUUUGAAUCGGUUCCGGCCGCCUUUGUCGACCUGUUCAAGGGCGCCAACGUCGGCAAGAUGAUUGUCUCCAAGCUGUAG